CUCUGUCCCUUUAAGGACCUAUGUGGGUGGGGCAGUGGUCACAUGAGGAGGAAGUCAAAGUGUUUCUGACUGCGGAGGGGAAAGCCGGAAAAUAAUCGCAAAGAGAGCGAUCUGAAGACAAUGAAUGACACCAAAGAGCGGUGAGAUCUAAUUUUUGAUUGGAUACAAAGGAAGUUAUUAUUUGGGGGACUUGAAAAACUGCUACAGGGUGGCAAAGAUCAGAGAUCUGCAAACUGUGUUUUAAAUCUCCGAGGGGUUGCCUGGACAGGUCUUUCAAAGGCUACAAUGGCAUCUGCUGAUCUAAGAGAGGAUCUGAGCUGCUCCAUCUGUCUGAACAUUUAUACAGAUCCGAUAACACUGAGAUGUGGACACAACUUCUGCCGGGAAUGUAUUCACCAUGUGCUGGACACUCAGGAGACGUCUGGACUUUAUACCUGUCCGGAGUGCAGAGAGGAGUUCCAGGAGCGACCUGUACUGUAUAGCGCUAGAGCUCUACGGAACAUAGCGGAGAUGUUCCUCAAUUCUCAGCCUGUUCUGGAAGAUACGAGAAUCUAUUGUUCUUACUGCGUGGACUCUCCUGUACCAGCUAUAAAAUCCUGCCUGCACUGUGAAAGUUCUCUGUGUGGCAAACAUUUGAAAGUCCAUGCCAAGUCACCAGAACACGUCUUAUCCAAUCCCACCAACUCCCCGGGGAACAGAAAAUGCCCAAUGCAUAAAAAGAUUGUGGAGUAUUACUGCACCGAGGAAAGAGUUUGUAUCUGUGUUUACUGUAUUGCUGUUGGAGAACACAAAGGACACCUGGUGGAGUCACUGGAUGAGGCCUCUCAGAAGAAGAAGGAGAAGCUGAGGAAAGAUCUGGAGAUGAUGACCUCAAAGAAAGCAUGGGCUGAGAAACAAGUCCGGAGUCUACGGGAACACCGGACAGAUGUAGAAGAUAAACUAGAGAGAGUCGCUGUCCUGUUCAGAGAUGUCAGGAGAGAGCUGGAAGAACUUGAGAAGAGAGUCCUGAGUGAGGUCUCCAUGGAGGAGAAGAAGAUCUCACAAUCUGUGUCCAAUCGAAUCCAACAUCUGGAGAUACAGAAGGACGAGUUGUCCAGGAAGAUGAGUCACAUUAAAGAAUUGUGCAAAACCUCCGACCCAAUGACCGUCCUGAAGGAUCAGAACUCCGACGGAGAGGACAUCUGUCAUACCGAGCAGGACGAUAAUAUGGAGACAAUGAUUCCAAGUGAAGGUGAUGAGAAUUCCAUCACAGUCAGAUUACACAAAUUAUUUGACUUCAUAAAAGAUUUUCCCGUCGGUAUUCAGCAGCCAGAAGGUGUUUUACUUGAUGAGGAAACAGCUUCUAAUUAUAUACAGAUUUCAGACGAUUUGAAAACUGCGUCUUUGUCAUCAGUAAAAUUAGAUCGUCCGGAAACUUCGAAAAGAUUUAAGGAAUAUCACGUUCUAAGCAGGAGGAGUUUUUCCUCAGGGCGUCAUUCCUGGGAGGUGGACACGAGUAAUUCCACUAGCUGGAGAGUCGGGUUGUGUUAUCCCAGUAUGGACAGGAAAUCAUAUAUUGGGGAUAAUAAGUAUUCCUGGUGUUUGCAAAGGCAUAUCCAUGCGUUUAAUAAGAUGCAUGAAAAUAAAUUGAUGCCACUUCUUCAAAAGCCAACCAGACAUAAAUUCCGGAUCUGUCUGGAUUAUGAGGCCGGGCGGAUCUCCUUUUAUGAGCUGAACGAUCCAAUCAGACACCUCCACACCUUCACCAUCACCUUCACCGAGCCCCUCCAUCUUGUGAUCGCUGUUUACGAUGGAUCAGUGACAAUUACCAACUAGGAAUAUAUUUAGGGUUGCCACCUUUUUCUUCCAGCCAAACCCGAACACUUUAGUGGCCUGGCACACCCUCGGGUGCCCCAAGGAGAGUGGUAAUGCAGUACGCAUAGCGUGCCGCAGCAAACAGUGGGUGCGGCUAAAUUGCUCUUGCUGACAUCAUCUGCCCCCCAGUGAUGCCACACCUGCUCCCGGAUGGCAACAAAUUUGUGUGUGACUAUCUUAAUUCAAAACUGGGACUUUCCGGGUCAAUCGUGGACAGGUGGCAACCCUAAAUACUGUAUAUUGUGCUGUAUGCUCAUUCUGUGCAUGCAGUUGCAGUUUUAUCAGUUCACCCAAAUCUAAUAGUAAAGCGUUUGGCAUUUCCUGUAGCGUUUAAGUUCAUGUUGGUUUUUUAUCCUUCUCAGGAAUUGCUAUGUUAUUUUUACCUACAGGUAAGCCGAUGAGGCUCGGUUCACUUGGGUGCGAUGCGGGAACACUGCGAAUCCACUACGCGGAGUUCCCAACUCGCAAGGCAGUUCACACUGUCAUAUACGAACUGCUGGGAGUGUCAAGACAUUGUUAAUGACACCCCCAUUUCAGUUUGCAUAUUGGAGUGCGAACUAACAAUUCGGACAGGAAUCAGAUCAGAUCAAUCCGAUUCUGGUGCAAAUCACAUGCAAUCUAGCACAGCGCACUGAUGUGAACCUAAUGAGGCUUACUUGUAGGUAAAAUGAAUAUCUCCUAAACCUUUAACCCUACACCCCCUUCCUGCACACACUGCCCCCUUUACCCUACACUUACCUUCCUAUACACACUGCCCCCCUUUAAGCUACACCACCCUUCCUUUACACACUGCCCCCCUUUACCCUACAACUUUCAGGCAGUCUGAAAACCAGGCAGAUGAUUCUGAACCUGGACUGUUCGGAUAAAUCCUGUGCAGGUGGCAACCCUAUACACCACCCUUCCUGUAUACACUGCCCCCUUUAACACUACACCACCCUUCCUGUAUACACUGCCCCCUUUAACACGACACCACCCUUCCUGUAUACACUGCCCCCUUUAACGCUACACCACCCUUCCUGUAUACACUGCCCCCCUUUAACGCUACACCACCCUUCCUGUAUACACUGCCCCCCUUUAACCCUACACCAAACUUCCUGUAUAGACUGCCCCCCCUUUAACCCUACACCACACUUCCUGUACACACUGCCCCCCUUUACCCCCACCCCCCUUCCUAUAAACACUGCCCCCCUUUAACCCUGUACCCCCUUUCCGCGCAAACUGCCCCAUCUUCCUGCACACACUGCCCUGUAUAGACUUUACCCCCUUCCUUGCUCAACACAGCGAGCAGCACAUGCUUGGAGUACCUGGUCUGUCAGUCCCGCCACCCAGCUCAUUGCUUCCAUGGUUCCACCUGACAGCAGCCUUUGGCUCUCAUACUGCAGGUCAGUGAUGGGAGAGGGGCCUUGCCAGGCGCAGUACAUCCUCCAGCUGCCUCUCCACUCUGCGCCUGAACUCCUUCAUCUCGGCUUGCAGCCUGUACAUGGUCCCCCAUAGCGUACAUUUCCCCUCCUCCUCUGGUACAAUCCUGCAGACCAGCCACACCAACAUCUCCACCCCAAGCUCCAUGCUGGCUGGCAAUGACAGGCAGUGAUCAGGGCUUUGGGCUGACUUCAACUGCAGCGAGUAGCGAUUGCCAUCAUCCAGCGAAUGACCUUGUCCGGUGCCAGGAUCUCAGCUCACUUCCGCUGUGUGCAGACGAGAGACGGCAGUAGUGUAUUUAGGUUUUGUGCUGCCCUAGGCCUGACUAAACUUUUGCACCUCCUGAUUCAACUAUAACCCACCCCUUUCUGUCAAGGCCACACCCCUUUCUAAGACCCGCCCUGUAAAUUUCAAAUGGGGACACUAGUUCUGAGGGCCUGGGGUGGGGCAAUGGAUUCCCUAAUUUGCAUAGAUUUCCUAUCACU